GCUGAAGGUGAAACAGCUUACUAGGGACUCUGCCUCCGCAUGUGACCGCUGGGCGUCUACACCCUCCACCUCUGGUGUCUCUUCUCCACCCCUGGGUCUAACGAUUGGCGUGGAACCCGGGCACAGCCCGAGUCUCCCAGGCCCGUGGCCACGGCCCGCGAUGGCCCUGCUGGGCGCGAUCGCCUGCUGCCUGCUGCUCUCUUGGCACUGCCCUGCGGGCCUUGGCUUCCCGGGACCUGCUCCUGCUAUAGGACAGUUUUGGCAUGUGACUGACUUGCACUUAGACCCUACCUAUCACCUCACUGAUGACCACAGAAAAGUGUGUGCUUCUUCCAAAGGGGCAAACGCCUCCAAUCCUGGUCCUUUUGGAGAUAUUCUAUGUGAUUCUCCAUAUCAACUUAUCUUGUCAGCAUUUGAUUUUAUUAAAAAUUCAGGACAAAAAACAUCUUUUAUGAUAUGGACAGGGGAUAGCCCACCUCACGUUCCAGUACAUGAACUCUCAACAGACACAGUCAUAAACGUGAUUGCUAACAUGACAAACACUGUCCAAAGCCUCUUUCCAAAUCUGCAGGUUUUUCCUGCACUGGGUAAUCAUGACUACUGGCCACAGGAUCAACUUCCUAUAGCUACCAGCAAGGUGUACAAUGCAGUAGCAAAUCUCUGGAAACCAUGGUUGAAUGAAGAAGCUAUUGGUACUUUAAGAAAAGGUGGCUUUUAUUCACAGAAAGUGCAUCCUAAUAUGAACCUUAGGAUCAUCAGUUUAAACACAAAUUUGUACUACAGCCCAAAUAAUGUGACCCUGAAUAAGACUGACCCAGCAAAUCAGUUUGAAUGGCUAGAAAAUACACUGAACAUCUCUCAGCAAAAUAAAGAGAAGGUGUACAUUAUAGCACAUGUUCCCGUCGGGUACCUGCCCUAUGCGAACACCAUCACAGCCAUGAGAGAAUACUAUAAUGAGAAAUUGAUCAAUAUUUUUAGGAAAUACAGCAGUGUCAUUGCAGGACAAUUUUAUGGACACACCCACAGAGAUAGCAUUAUGGUUCUUUCAGAUAUAAAAGGAAAUCCAAUAAGUUCUUUGUUUGUGGCUCCUGCUGUUACCCCAGUGAAGAGUAUUAAAGAAAAACAGACCAAUAAUCCUGGAAUCAGACUAUUUCAGUAUGAUCCACAUGACUAUAAGCUAUUGGACAUGCUUCAGUAUUACUUGAACCUGACAGAUGCUAAUUUAAAGGAGAAUGCCACCUGGAAGCAGGAGUAUAAUCUGACCCAGGCUUAUGGCAUUGAAGAUUUGCAGCCAAAAAGUUUGUAUGAAUUAGCAAAACAAUUUGCAAGCUGGGACAGUAAGCAGUUUAUAAAGUACUACAACUACUUCUUCGUGAGUUAUGAUAACAGUGUGAUUUGCAGUGGGAUAUGUAAAGCCUUUCAGAUUUGUGCAAUUAUGAAUCUCGAUCAUACUUCUUAUAGAGAUUGCCUUAAACAAUAUUAUAUAAAGUAGGGUCCAUAGUCUUUAAAAAUUUGUGUUCAUAUAAAUGUUAAUCUUGCUCUGUUUCUGAGUUCAGUUUGUGGGAAUUGUUCUGUAAAUUUUUAUGAUGUAGAUAAUUUUUUAACAUUCUAAAUUUUAUUAUGUUGAAUAUAUGUAAACUACUUAUUAUGAGAGAGAUACUUGGAUAUAAAUGCCCUAUCUUCAAGUUAUAUAAUUAUAUCUAACUUAUACUCUUGUUGAAUUGUCAUUUAUACAAUAAAGCAAAAUUCUCCCCAAACAUGAUAAAUAAUUCUCAAUAUGAUUGAGAAUUUUCGGUCUCUCAGUUCACUCUUUUUAAAAUCUCAGGUGUAAAGGGAAGACUGAGGUGAUGAAAUGUGUAACGUGUAAAGUGAGGUAAAUGCUGUUUAUGUGUACUCUCCAUGACUGGGAAAACACCGGUGUCUCACUAGGUUCCUGAUAUGUCCUGAUAUGUUAAUUUGGAUUUUUAGCAUUUGAGCUAAAUUCUGUCUCCAAAGUACUGACUCAUCUACCUUGAGUGAUUCCUUCAUACAAUAAACUUUAUGGCAAAAUGA